AUGAGAAGGGAAGAAAAGAGAGGGAGAGCAUCAUCCCUCUUAUGCUGUAAAAACGAACAGCUCCAAUUUAUUAAAUUCAUCCAUCCAUCCAUCCAUCUAUCUGUCUAUCCAUCUAUCCAACUUCCUCUUACUACUACUAUCUAG